UUCUAUAUUGUGCGUGACAUGAAUUAACAACACAAAUUUGUGUAAUUUUAUUUUCAGUUUCUGAUAAUAAAUUUUGAAGUCCUAGCCUAUGGACUCUGCUUCAUUCCCUCAUCCUUUGAUUUCCCACGCCAUCACCAGCUCAAGCUUGCAUCGCUCUUACGCUACUCAUCAGAGUGCAAGAUUUGGCCUAUGGAAGAACAGGGUGUGGAGCUCAGCUUCUUGUGCUAUUGGGUUCUCAGCGGUUGGAGUUGAAGACGCGUUUGAUGAUAGUAAUUUGAAGAGAAACGAGAACGGAUACUUGUUAGGUGCACUAGAUGAGUCUUCUUCAGCACCAUUUGGAACUUUAGACGCUGAAAUAACACCAGAAACCACUGAUUUCUUUGUUAGUGAUGCCGAUGGUGAUCCAGACUGUCCUUCUAAAGGGUACUCUUCCAUUGAACAAUCGCUUAAUGCCCUACGCCAAGGAAAGUUUGUGAUUGUGGUAGAUGAUGAAAACGGGGAUGUUGAAGGAAAUCUAAUAAUGGCAGCAUCUCUUACUAGUCCCAAGGAUGUAGCCUUUAUGAUUAAGCACGGAUCAGGGAUUGUUUCUGUUGGCAUGAAAGAUGAGGAUCUUCAAAGACUGAACCUGCCUCUUAUGUCACCAGAGACUGAAGAAGAGGAUUCUUCUGCCCCCACCUUCACUAUCACAGUGGAUGCAAAAUAUGGAACUUCCACAGGUGUGUCAGCUGCUGAUAGAGCAAAAACAGUUCUUGCUCUUUCAUCUCCAGAGUCAAAAUCAGAAGGCUUCAGAAAGCCUGGUCAUGUGUUUCCCUUAAAGUAUAGAAACGGUGGGGUUCUUAGGAGAGCAGGUCACACUGAAGCUUCAGUGGAUUUAGUUGCACUGGCUGGCUUGCGACCAGUUUCUGUUCUUUCAGCUCUUGUUGAUGAGGAUGAUGGCUCUAUGGCAUCUUUGCCAAAUUUAAGAAAGUUAGCAUUGGAAUAUAGCAUACCAAUUGUCUCAAUAACUGAUUUGAUAAGGUAUCGGAGAAAGCGAGAAAAAUUGGUUGAAAGAACUUCUGUUUCUCGCUUGCCUACUAAAUGGGGUCUAUUUCAAGCAUAUAGCUACAGCUCCAAGUUGGAUGAAACGGAACAUGUGGCUGUUGUGAAGGGAAACAUAGGUGAUGGACAAGAUGUUCUAGUACGAGUACAUUCAGAAUGUUUGACUGGGGAUAUAUUUGGAUCAGCUCGGUGUGACUGUGGCAACCAAUUAGAUUUGGCAAUGCAGUUAAUCGAAGAAGCUGGAAGAGGACUAGUAAUCUAUCUUCGAGGUCAUGAAGGAAGAGGCAUUGGUUUGGGUCAUAAACUUAAAGCCUAUAAUUUGCAGGAUCAAGGUCAUGACACAGUCCAGGCAAACAUAGAACUUGGGUUAGCUGUUGAUGCUCGUGAGUAUGGGAUUGGUGCCCAGAUUCUGAGGGAUAUAGGUGUUCGAACUAUGAGGCUGAUGACUAACAACCCAGCAAAAUUCAUUGGUCUUAGAGGAUAUGGUUUGGCAGUGCUAGGACGCGUUCCUGUGUUGACACCAAUCACUGAGGAUAACAAGCGCUACCUUGAAACUAAAAGGACCAAAAUGGGUCACAUUUAUGGGUCUGAUUUACAAGGAUCAUUACCUGGAUUCACCGAUUCAAAUGUAAAUAACCAAGACUCACCGAAGAACACAUAGUCUACACUCUACACACACACACACACACACAAAACAACAACAUAUAUAGGUAUAGAUAUUUAAACGAUGAAAUUCAUUUGUAAAGAUUGUAAUCAGUUUACUGUGUGUACAGUUUGCUACUCAAAAGUUUCAGACUAUCAUAUGU